AUGGUCUCUGAUCCCUCGACCGACAACAUUGUGUCGUGGGAUGACGACGGUCGUGGCUUUGAAGUCCAUUCCCGUGAGGGCAUGGAAGACGUGGUGCUCGGCAAGUACUUUAAGCACAACCAGUUCUCGUCGUGGACCCGUCAGUGCAACAUGUACGGCUUUGCCAAGGACAAGCGGCCGGGCGUUUGGCGGUUCUCGCAUCCGGGCUUUGUCCGCGGCGUGCCGGAGAAGCUGACGACCAUUGUGCGCAAGGGCUCGUCGAGCUCGGGCGCGAGCGCGCUGGCGGCAGCGACCGGCGCGACGGCGCAGCAGCUGCGGGCGGAGCUGCAUCACCUGCGAUCGCAGCGCGACGAGCUCUCGGACCAAGUGGCGGCGCUGCAGGCGCGGACUUCGUCGACAGGCACCACGCUUGAUGAAUUGCGGCAGGAGAACCAGCGGUUGUGGUCGAUGAUGCGGUCGCACGAACAGUCGCAGGCGCAGCUGCAGCACGCGCUGCACUCGAUCAUGGGCUGCCUCGUCCAGCACGGGGCGCGGCUCGACGGUGCCGAGCCGGACGAGGCCGCUGAGCUGGCCUUCAACACGGUGCCGACGCUCUCGCUGAUGGACCUGUCUGACGAGGACGAGGCGGGUGUGGGAGAUGUUGGUGCGAGCACGGGCGUGGCCGAGGCCGGCCAGGCCACCAAGCCUUCGGCGGUGCGGCCGCCGGCGCUCUCGCGCGCGUUUGUGCCUGCGCCGGUGGUGGUGGGUAACUUUGGCUCGAGCAGCGGCUCGGGCGGGUUUGCGAGCGGCUACGCCUCGCUGGUCCUCACGCCGACGCCGACCCAGGACGGACACUUUGUCUUUGACUCGUCGGCCUUUGACAUGGCGAGCUUUGAGAACGCGUGGGCGACGCCGGUCAAGAAGCGCAAGACGUCUUCGAUGACGACGGUGGCAACGUCGUUCCACGACGACACGCUGCAGUCGGCGCACUCGCCGCGCGUCGCCGCAGACGAUACGACGGCAGCCGUGAUGGUGCAGGAGACUCGGGCCGAGGCUGCGGCCGAGGCGCUCUCGGUCGCGCUGACCCGCGAGCUGGAGGAUGUGCUCCUCGCCGGCCCGUCGACGCUUGACUCGGGGCUGCCAGAGGCGGCGCCGUACCCUGUGACGCCGAUUGUGGCACCGCAGAUCACGCCGCUGGCCGGGAGCCAGGCGAGCCAGGUGCCGGUGUCGAUGGCGGCUUUCCCUGCGGAUGAGUCCGCGGUGGGAGAGUCGCUGUCGACCUAUGAACAGCGCGCGUCCGGCGCGCAUAACCGUGACCGCGACCGCGGCCCGGCCGAGACGGAGGCUCCGCUCGCGCCGAUGCCGCAGGCCUCGCCUGCCGCCGGCAAUGAUGACGACGAUGGACAGGCGGCCGAGGAGCUUGCACGGUGCAAGGAGAUGGAGAUGGCCGAGGAGCUGGCGCGCCGGCGUGAGCUCUCGGCGGCCGGCAAGCGGCCGGUCGUCAUGACGCCGCACCUCUUUGCCACCUUUGCUUGCCAUGUCCUUGCCGUUCUCUCCUCUCUCGCGGCUGAGCGGCACUCGCUGCUCGGCGCCGCACCGCCGGCGGUCAUCUCCACCCGCGGCUCGACGCCCGCCACGCCGCGGUCGGCGCCCUCACCCGAAGUCGUUGAUGCGCUUGCCGCAGGCGUCGCCGCCGCCCGCCGCGAGCUCCCGUCGGACAUGGUCCACUCGGUCGCUACCCAGCUCUACGCCGCGCAGCGCGGGUACUACGGCUAUGAUCCGAGCUCGGGCCACUCCAAGUGGCUGACCGGCAUCGCGCCGCCUCCGCGGCCCAUUGUUGUUCUCGUAUCAUGA